AUGGUUGUUAAGGUGCCUGAUAAGGAACGAACAACCAGAUCAUUCUCAAGCAGACCAGAUCAUUCACAAGCAGACCAGAUCAUUCACAAGCAGACCAGAUCAUUCAUAAGCAGACCAGAUCAUUCUCAAGCAGACCAGAGCAUACUCAAGCAGACCAGAUCAUUCUCAAGCAGACCAGAGCAUUCUCAAGCAGACCAGAUCAUUCUCAAACAGAACAGAUCAUUCACAAGCAGACCAAAUCAUUCUCAAGCAGACCAGAUCAUUCACAAGCAGACCAGAUCAUUCACAAGCAGACCAGAUCAUUCACAAGCAGACCAGAUCAUUCACAAGCAGACCAGAGCAUUCUCAAGCAAACCAGAUCAUUCUCAAGCAGACCAGAUCAUUCACAAGCAGACCAGAUCAUUCACAAGCAGACCAGAUCAUUCUCAAGCAGACCAGAUCAUUCACAAGCAGACCAGAUCAUUCACAAGCAGACCAGAUCAUUCUCAGUCAGACCAGAUCAUUCAAAACCAGACCAGAUCAUUCUCAAGCAGGCCAGAUCAUUCUCAAGCAGACCAGAUCAUUCUCAAUCAGACCAGAGCAUACUCAAGCAGACGAGUACAAGGUCCUCCUCGACCAGUACAAGGUCCUACCGACCAGUACACGGUCCUCCCGACCUGUACAAGGUCCUCCCCGACCAGUACAAGAUCCUCCCCGACCAGUACAAGGUCCUCCCCGACUAGUACAAGGUCCUCCCGACCAGUACAAGGUCCUCCCGACCAGUACAAGGUUCUCCCGACCAGUACACGGUCCUCCCGACCAGUACAAGGUCCUUCCGACCAGUACAAGGACCUCCCCGACCAGUACAAGGUCCCCCCCGACCAGUACAAGGUCCUCCCGACCAGUACAAGGUCCUCCCCGACCAGUACAAGGUCCUCCCCGACCAGUACAAGAUCCUCCCCGACCAGUACAAGGUCCUCCCCGACCAGUACAAGGUUCUCCCGACCAGUACAAGGUCCUCCCCGACCAGUACAAGGUCCUCCCCGACCAGUACAAGGUCCUCCCCGACCAGUACAAGGUCCUCCCCGACCAGUACAAGGUCCUCCCCGACCAGUACAAGGUCCUCCCCUACCAGUACAAGGUCCUCCCCAACCAGUACAAGGUUCUCCCGACCAGUACAAGGUCCUCCCCGAGGUCCUCCCCGACCAGUACACGGUCCUCCCCUACCAGUACAAGGUUCUCCUGACCAGUACAAGGUUCUCCCGACCAGUACAAGGUCCUCCCCGACCAGUACAAGGUCCUCCCCUACCAGUACAAGGUUCUCCUGACCAGUACAAGGUUCUCCCGACCAGUACAAGGUCCUCCCCGACCAGUACAAGGUCCUCCCGACCAGUACAAGGUCCUCCCGACCAGUACAAGGUCCUCCCCGACCAGUACAAGGUCCUCCCCGACCAGUACAAGGUCCUCCCCGACCAGUACAAGGUCCUCCCCUACCAGUACAAGGUUCUCCUGACCAGUACAAGGUUCUCCCGACCAGUACAAGGUCCUCCCCGACCAGUACAAGGUCCCCCCGACCAGUACAAGGUCCUCCCCGACCAGUACAAGGUCCUCCCCGACCAGUACAAGGUCCUCCCGACCAGUACAAGGUCCUCCCCGACCAGUACAAGGUCCUCCCCUACCAGUACAAGGUUCUCCCGACCAGUACAAGGUCCUCCCGACCAAUACAAGGUCCCCCCGACCAGUACAAGGUCCUCCGGUAACAAUGAUCUGUUGCUGCACCCUCCUUCACCUUGA